AUAGCUCCAAGACUGUGUGGUAGCAGCAGUCACAAGGUUUGUGACUUGCUGCCCGCCUGCAAAAAAAAAAAAUUGCGAGACACAAGAGAAGCACGUGUAGUGGGUGGUCCUCAGCACACUGCCUUCACGUGGCUCUAGCACCGAGCACCGAGCCCAUCAGCAUCAGUCCAGUGUGGCAUCAGCAGGAGACAACAUCAGCAUGGCUACGGAGAUGGAGCCCUCGGAUGUGAUACGCCUGAUAAUGCAAUACCUCAAGGAGAACAACCUCUACCGAACACUGACCACCUUGCAGGAGGAAACCACCGUCUCGCUCAACACAGUGGAAAGCAUCGACAGCUUCAUAGCAGACAUAAAGAGCGGCCACUGGGACUCCGUCCUGCUGGCUAUCGAGUCCCUCAAGCUGCCCGACAACACGCUUAUUGACCUUUAUGAGCAGGUUGUAAUGGAGCUCAUUGAGAUGAGGGAGGUGGGAGCAGCUCGCUCUCUCCUCAGACAAACUGACCCCAUGAUCAUGUUGAAGCAGACGCAGCCAGAGAGGUACAUCCAUCUGGAGAACUUGCUAACAUGCUCCUACUUUGACCCUCGUGAGGCGUACCCGAAAGGCAGCAGCAAGGAGAAGCGGCGCAGGGCAAUAGCCGAGGCGCUGGUGAGGGAGGUCAGCGUGGUGCCACCGUCUCGCCUCAUGGGGCUCCUGGAACAAGUUGGCUCUAUGAGGAUGCAGCAGUAUGCAGAUCAGCUCUCCCCCGACAUGACCAUCGACACAUCUGGCAUCAAGGACAGACCUGUGGAGAAGGAGAGCUUUCCAACACAGCUGUACCGACACAUCAAGUUUGGGCGGCGGUCUCAUGUGGAGUGCGCCCGUUUCUCUCCUGAUGGCAAAUACUUAAUCAGUGGAUCGGUGGACGGUUUCAUCGAGGUCUGGAACUUUAACACUGGAAAAAUUAGUAAGGAUUUAAAGUACCAGGCCCAAGACAGCUACAUGAUGAUGGAUGAUGCUGUGCUGUGUAUGUGCUUCAGUCAGGACACAGAUCUGCUGGCAACUGGGGCUCAGAACGGAAAAAUAAAGGUGUGGAAGAUCCACAGCGGUUUGUGCCUGCGGAGGUUCGAGCACGCCCAUAACAAAGGUGUGACCUGUCUGAGCUUCUCCAAGGACAACGACCAGAUCCUCAGUGGCUCCUUUAACCAGACCAUCAGAAUCCAUGAACUGAGGUCAGGCAAGACACUAAAGGAGUUAAACGGCCAUUCGUCGUUUGUAAAUGAUGCAGCUUUCACUCCAGAUGGACUUCACAUCAUCAGUGCCUCAUCCGAUGGCACAGUUAAGAUUUGGAACACAAAAUCCUGCGAAUGCCUCCACACGUUCAAAUCUCUUUCCCCGAACCCAGACGUCCCCGUCAACAACGUGAUCCCUCUUCCCCAAAACCCAGAGCACUUUUUGAUUUGUAACCACUCCAACUCGGUGGUCAUCAUGAGCAUGCACGGUCAGACUGUGAAGACCUUCAGCUCAGAUAGAAAGGAGGGAGCCAACUUUGUGUGCUGCACCCUGUCACCCCGCGGGGAGUGGAUUUACUGUGUGGGAGAGGACUUAGUGCUGUACUGCUUCAACUAUACGACAGGAAGGCUGCAGAAAACGCUGACAGUUCACGAGAAAGAUGUAAUUGGCAUCGCUCACCACCCACAUGAGAAUCUGAUCGCCACAUACAGCGAGGACGGUCUGCUCAGGCUAUGGAAGCCUUAAACUGUCUCCUGCAUCGUGUUAUGCAGGACAUGGAGAGCCUUACACAUGGUUAUAAAGCAAUUUAUUCCAUUUUUAUGAGCACUUUAAUUUCUUCUUGUCAAUUUUGGCACAAAAGCUGAGGUUCCAAAUCAAUUGUUGAGAUUUCCUUGACUCCAUCUGGUGAUGAAUAUCAUGUGAUAUGAUUGAAAGCACCACAACAGCUACUAAACGGACCCUGGGGUGAAGUUGUUUCCUGAAUUGCUGUUUCCAAGGUCAAGACUUUAAUGAAGUGUGGUAAUUUCUGCCAAUCAUUUGAAAAUGUCAACAAGUUCAGGUAUCAGCCAGUGAGAGUGUUUGUUUUAUGCCCGAUGGUGGAUUAGAAUGAUUUUGCUAUAUAGUGGGGAAAUAAUACAGUUGGCAUAUGAAAAAGAAAACAGGAGUAAAGUUGGUAAAUCAAAAAGGAAAUUGAGAAAAUAAUCUUUUAAAUCUCUCUUUUAAAAAAUGUCAUGAAUGAAAAUGAAUCACAUGAAAAGAACACAACCAACUAUACUAAACAAAUUCCCCACCAUGUCUGUGGUUGUCAGCCCAAAGUCCUUUGUUUCUGACUGAAGAUGUAAAUCUUAAAAAAUUUGUCACAAAUAUAAAAAAGCUAAAUAAUUUCCUAGAAACAGCUGGGCACUGCAUUUUCUUUUAGCAAAUGUAAAUCAAACUACAAAAUGUGUCGGUGCCACAUUUGGUGCUCUAGUGAGUAUUUACAGCAGUAGGAUAGUGUCGUUGGGCCGGCCUCUGAAUAAACUACAGUACCCAUGUUCAUGGUAAUAAAGGAACAUGUUACCUCGUGCAACACUGAGGCUCAUUGAUGGUCGUGUCUGGAAGGUUAGGCAUUGACCUUGAAUAGUUAGGGUUAGGACAAGUUGUUGGACAGCGAGUCUCGUGAGAGUUUUUUCACGUUUUUGCAAGUUUUC